GCAGUCACAACGAUACAAGCUACAAGCACAUGCUUAUCUUUUGAUUGAACCACAAAAAUAGAAGAAUAUGAUAAUUAUUGUUUAAGCAAUGGAUAAAGCCAACAAGCAAAGAUAAAACACAUGUACCAAAAUGAGUGCAGAACCUAGGUCACCAGUGGAGCGGGAUCUUAUAGAAAUGUCUUUAGAGAAUGUAAAGAAGGGAGGUAACCAGCACAUCGUUCGUAAGGAUGAAGAUGAUGAGAAGCUGGGUUUACUUAAUAUCCGAGCCUUCUUCUUCCUGAUACUUUGGUACAUCUUUAGUGCCUUCACCCUCUUCUUGAACAAGUACAUUUUGUCCACACUCAGGGGAGAUCCAGCAGUACUAGGAGCAAUGCAAAUGGUGAUGACCACAACAUGUGGGUUUAUCCAGCUCUACAUACCAAUGGGCUUCUAUAAACCUAUCAAAAGGGAUGGAAAACCUCCCAAUUUUUGGAGAAACAUGAUUUUAGUGGGUUCAAUGAGAUUUUCCACUGUUGUCCUGGGUCUUGUGGCUCUGAAGUAUGUGGCAGUUUCCUUUACAGAAACAGUCAAGAGUUCUGCCCCUUUGUUCACCGUGUUCAUUUCACAAGUUCUAAUGGGGGAAUACACGGGGUUCUAUACAUUCCUAUCACUCAUCCCGGUCAUGGGAGGACUAGCCCUGUGUUCAGCUUAUGAAAUUAGUUUUAAUAUACAGGGAUUCAUUGCAGCACUUGCCACAAAUUUAACAGAAUGUCUGCAGAAUGUAUAUUCGAAGAUACUUAUUAGUGGAGAAAAGUUUAAAUAUACCCCAGCAGAACUGCAGUUCUAUACCAGUAUAUCUUCAGUCUUAGUGCAGAUUCCAGCAUGUUUCUUUCUGAUAGACUUUGAUAAAGCUGAAGCCUCCAUGAAUGGGAUGAUGGUCACAGCUCUUAUAGCUAAUGGAGUUUUCUUUCAUUUUCAAAGUAUAUCAGCAUAUGUAUUGAUGGGCUAUAUAUCACCUGUUACACACAGUGUGGCUAAUACAGUAAAGAGGGCAUUCCUGAUAUGGAUUUCUGUGAUAUUAUUUGGUAACCCUGUGACAUUCUUGAGUGGACUUGGUACCAUCAUUGUUACCAUUGGUGUACUAAUGUACACUAAAGCUAAGGAAUAUGACCAAAAUCGCCGAGAGCUCAGAGACCACUACCCGCGAGAUUCAGAGCCAUCACAUAAAGAGGUCUAGUGGUGUCAUCUGUUUCAAUUCAGUCGUUAUUGUUGUAGACAUUUUAUCAACCAUUUGUUGUUGUUCAGAGCAUCAUGUUAUAGCCAUUGAAAAUUAAAAAAAAACAUGACAGACUAGAGGAAGAUUUUGAAAUAUGAUAUUAAUUAAAUACAUGUACCAUAGCAUGGGUCAUUUCUGUCUUUCAAAUAUUUUUGCACUUUGGUCUUUGAGAGAAGAUACCUCUGUGUUUUCAAUUUUUUUCUGAUUCCUCACCAUCUGAUGUACAAAAUACAAGGUUUUGAAAUGUUUGCUAUUUUAUUUUGUUACCUUAUUUGGUUUGAGCAACAAAAAAUUAGCCAAUGCAAAAAUUGCUUUUUAAACAUAAUAUUAUGGCAUUAAAAAACUGGGUAAUUGUAUGUUUUUGUGGAACUUAAGCAUGAUGUUCUAAAGUUCUUGUUAAUUGCUUAAGUGCAUGUACCGGUAAAUAUGAAGCAGACUUUUAAGGAUAGAAAUUGCAGAAUUGUCUCCUUUCAAGGACACAUACAUCAUCAACAUUAUAUGUAUUGCUACAUUAUUAAAGCAGGUCAGCUCUUUGUGUAGAUAGGCCUCAGAGUCACAUCCUCGGGUGACAUAGCAUUUAAAAGUAUGACAUUUUGAGUGAAGAAAUAAGUUCCAAAAUAUUUAUUUAAAAAAUAAUAAUAAUUCAUGUCAAAUAAAUUUCAAUGUUUUUAAUUCAAAAGAUCAAAUAAAAAUAUGUAUCCUAAAUAGAUUGGAGGUGGUUUAUGUUGGUGUAAUGAUAAUAAACAUGUACUUUACUAGCUCAGCUGUAUUGAUGGGAAAACCCAGGAAUGAAUGAAGGUAAUUAUUUCUUAAAAUAACAAAGUUCUAAAAAUCUUCUUCUUGAGGGAUGAAAAAAAAAAAACUGAGAAUUUGAUGAAAUAAGAAAUUAUUUACAAUUUGCGACAAUCUACUACUUUUUUUUUGCUCUGUAGCUUUGUUGAUUUGGUGUAUAUAAAAUACAGUCAAACCUCGUUAUCUCGAGCUCCAUGGGACCGAGAAAAAACUUGGAGAUGUCCGAUGAUUCGAGAUAUUGAGGGUUAAAUACAUAAAGAAUAAGUAGUUGGGACUUCCAAAUCACUUUGACAUAUCCGUGGUAUUCGAGAUAUCAGUGUUUGAGAUACCGAAGUUCAACUGUACUUCUUUUUUAGUAUAAAACUUAUAUAAUCCCUUUUUACGAGUCCAUAACAAUCAUGUUGCUUUACAUACAUAUAUAAAAAGUAUAUAUAUACAUUUAUCCAAGUUCAUUUGUAUCAGCAUGAAAUAAUGACUACUAUACUAAGUGACAUUAUCCUGCACUAGUCUCAUGGACACAAACUGUCCAGUCGCUAGAUCUCGAUGUUCUCCCUGUGCUUUUUUUUGUUUUUGCCCAACAAGAGUGUGUGCUUUAUUGAUAUCAGAUUCUGUGUAUACAUGUAUUAUAUACUGAGUAAAUAUAUUGUGAUAUUUGCGCAGAGUGCUGUUGAUGUAUUACUGCCAAUUAUAUGAAAUAUAUUUAUUUAUAAUUUUGUGAGUGUUUGACUAUGUGCUUCCUUCAGCUCCAAUGUAUAUUGCACUUUUGAUUUUGUAUUUAUUCAGUGCUGUCAUAAAUUAAGUUCACUGCAGCUUGCAAUUUACAUGUAAAUUAAGGAUUUAGUUGUAAAUAUUUUUAUGGAUAACUUUAUUUGGGGGAAAAAUAUGUGUGAGUAACAUCGACCAGUCAAAAAUUAAGUUUCCUUAUUAGCUCAACUGAGCUGAAGGCUCAGGUGAGCUUUUCUGAUCAAAAUUAGUUCAUUAUCUGUCAUUGUCAUUGUUGUUGUCUUCGAAAACUUUUCACAAUUUCAUUUUCCUUUCCAAAACCACUGGGCCAACUUGAACAAAACUUGGUACAGAGCAUCCUUGGGGGAAGGGGUUUCAAGUUUGUUCAAAUGAAGGGCCGCAACCUUUUUCAAAGGGAAAAUUGAAUGGCAUCUUUUCAAAAUCUUCUUCUCAAUAACCACUGCACAGAAAAGAUGGAACUUAUAUGAAAGCUUCAUUACUUAGUGUAGAUUCAAGUUUGUUCAAAUUAUGACCCCCAGAGCUGUGGGGGCCACAUAGACAAUAAAAGAUUUACAUAUGAAUACACAGGAAAAAUCUUUAAAAAAUCUUCUUCUCAAGUACAGCAAGCCCAUGAUAAGUCAUAUUUACUCUGUAUAUGGAAGCAUCCUUAGGUAGUGUAGAUUCAAGUUUGUUCAAAUCAUGACCCCCACGGCUAGGAUGGGGCCACAAUGGGCGAUGAAAGUUUAACAUUGGAAUAUACAUGUAUAGGAAAAAAUCUUUUAAAGAACAGCAAAGCCAUGAUUAGUUAUAUUUAUAUGGAAACAUUUUCAGGUAGUGGAGAUUCAAAUUUAUUCAAAUCAUGACCCCUGGGGGUAGGGUAGGGCCACAAAGGACGAUCAAAUGUUUACAUAGGUUGGAUAAUAGAAAUAUUUAAAAUUCUUCUUCUCAAGAACAGCAAAGCCAUGGUUAGUCAUAUUUAUAUGGAAACAUCUUGAAGUGACACUGUGACAGAAAAACGGGAAAAUUGACAAAAGUAGAAUUUUUGCAUGACACAUGCAAAUUUUGUUCAGUUCUUGAAGAUAUUAGGUGUCAGAAAAUUACAGGUUUCAGAACCUAAAAAAUCUACUUUUAUGGAGAAAAAUAAAAGUAAAAAAAAUCUUUGUAUAACCCGACACAAAAAUAUUGCUUCACUAUUUCCUCUUUAUUGUACGCAUGUGCUGAAAUGUUAAAGAAUUUACCAUGGUGUCAAUUCCAUAGAUACAAAUGUCGGAUGACCGAGAAUUUUGAUACAGACUUCAAAAAAGAUUAUCAGAACUUAUUCCUAACUUUUGCUUGCUCCAAUUCAAUGUUGUUUACAAGUUCCACGCUAAAAAUAAAGGACGCGUGACCUUGACGUUUUUGACAUUGACGAUAAAAAUUAUGCGAUAGAUACAACACUUGUUUUUCCGGCACUUAUAUUUUGCAGUUCUUUUCUUGCUUAACGGUAAAGUUGAGUUUUCAAAACUUUGCUAUAUUCAUAUUUCACAUAAAUCUUUCGUUUUUUGAUACAAUUAUCUUAAAAGAAACAGAUGAUUUUGACUCUUUAUGUAACUUUAAGGUAAUGUUGAAUAAUUUGUUCAAAUCAUGACCCCUGGGGGUAGGGUGGGGCCACAAUAGAAGAUCAAACUUUACAUAGAAAUAUAUAGGAAGAAGUCUUUAAAAAUCUUCUGAUGCCAAGCCUAGUUGAUGAAAUAUUAAGGCAUCUUUAGGUCUCGGAGAAUCAUUAUUUUUCCAAUCACAACCCCAAGGGUAGGUUGGGAGCACUUAUAUACUAAAACUUUCUAGCCAAAGUGCUCAAGUGAGCGAAUUGGCCCAUGGGCCUCUUACUUUUCAAUAUUUUUAAAUCAGCUAGUCAAUUUGCUGAUAUUAUCACAAGUGAUAAGCAAGUCACAUGUACAACUAAAAGUACUGUGAAACUUGUAGAAUUUCUGAAGAUAGAAUUUAUUUUGAAACAAAUUGAUCAAUAUGGUCCCCAUUGUGUCAGCCAAUAGUGAUUAACAUAAAAUGUUAGUUCUGUGGAAUUAAAUUAAUUGUCAAUGUCAUGCAUAUGGUAUGACUGUGUUGAAAAGUACGUUAUCAUUAGACACAUCAGCAGAUAUGAUGAAUACGCGCAAUUUUUAAAAUUAUAUAGAUUAAUGAAUGUGUUGUUGUCUUGCUUUAUUAUAAGAAUGUCAUGGACUGUGUCUUCUUGUUUAGGGGCAUGAAUUCAAGUGCCUUUUGAGAAUAUUGAAAACUAUAUUUUAUCAACAUUGCUGUAGAGUUAUUGUAGAAUACUACUGACAUCAUGUUACAGAGUUUAGAUUGUGGUGAAGUGAUAGGUAUACAUGUGUAUAUUAUUUGAGUAUAUCUUCGAGAUGCUUUUAAAUAAAUGGGUCCAAACUAUUUUACUUAAAAUGAUGGAUACUUAAAGAGGUAUUAAAUUGUGAAAACAAAA